AUGACAACAGAUGAACUCGAACGAGCGCUCCAAAACGAGGCCAAAAAGCUUGAGGCGACCGAAGGUUUUCUGAUCCAGGAGAAGCGCGCACUGGAAGAUAUCCGCUUGAAAGAUGAGCACACGCGCAAAUCGCUCGCCAGUUUAACCGCUCAGCACGAGGAGCUCUUGCAAAAACAUCGAAGGGCGCUUGACGAACUGUCCGCCGAGCAAAAGGAAAGGGUUCGCUCGGAGCAGCUGGAGGCGGAGCUCGAAGGCAAACGUAACCAAUUGGAAGAACUGCAAGGCCGCGUCGAAAAGAUGUCGGCGGACAUGGACGAAAUGCAGAUAUCUGUCGCGAACCACCGCGAGCAGUCUGCGCUGGUUGCUCAUCUUAAAGAGGAGCUGUCCAAAAUAUACUCCGAGCACGAGCACUCUGUCUACGUAGUCGAAGAACUCCGCACGGCCAAAACCACUCUAGAUCAAGCACUACAAUCGGAAAUGAGCAAAGCUCAAAACCAGCAAGCCUACUACGAGGGUUACAUCGAAAAACUUACACGCAACCACAAGGAGGAGCGUGAUGAGAUCGAGAAUGACUUGGUGAGCUUAGCUGAAGAUUUCGAUGAGCUCAUGCUCAAGUACGAUAAGCUAAGCGAAGAGCAUGCAGCCCUGGCCAGGAAACAGAAGGGCGUGGUCGGCGAGCUUCUAACCGCCACGCAAUUGGUUAUCGAUGAAAAGGUCUCUAGGCUCGAGGCCAAUGCACAGAUCAACCAACUGACGCAAGAGAACUUCAGGUUGUCGUCCGAGAAGCUCCAAACGGAUAUCGCAAGGGAGUCGAUGACGAACGACCUGAAAAGUUUGCAGUUAAAAGUUAAUGACCACAACAAGGAAAGGAGGAAGCUCCAGACGAUCAUCACCCACUUGGAAAACCUAAACGCGAAGCUGGGCUUGCAGCUGAAAACUUCCGAAGAGAAUGCUAAGCUCGCCCAGGAUAAACUAGCGCAAGCAGAGAGUGCCCACAAAGAGCUUGAGAACUCACUCUCCGACGCCCAAAAUCGGGCUUACAUCAGCCAGGAAAUAAUGCAAGCCGAAAAGCGAGUGUUUAACGACAGCCAAAAAAUGAACGCCGAACUAAAGAUCGAAAUUGAGAAGUUGAGGCACAACAUCACCGCGCUGGAGUUUCAACGGUCCGAGGGAACUCUCCGUUUGCACGAGCUGAAGGUGGCGUUAAGAACCGAAGAGAACAUCAACGAGGAAAUGAGUAAACUGAACCAGGAAAUCAUUGGGGAGAUGCUUCAGUUGGAUAACAACGAUCUCUUGCCGCAAGUUCUUGAAAAGUUCAUUCGAUCCUAAAUGAAAUAAAAUUAGUA